AUGCCCGGCGCGGCCGCCGCGGCAGUGAACCGGGAGCAGCCGGCGAGUUACUCCGUGGAGUUUUCCAUGGAUGUUUCCCCGCCGCAGAUGCAGCGGCUCGGCGGGCGCCCGCGGGACGGCGCCGCGCGCGACCUGCUCAGCCUGGCGCAGUUCUUCGCGUGCCGCACGCAGAGCUUCUCGCUCGCCGUGCUCCUGCUCGACGGGCUCCUCGCCACGGUCAAGGUACAGCCUAAACACUUGGGAUGUGUUGGACUCAGCUGUUUCUACUUKGCUGUGAAGGCAACAGAAGAAGAGAGAAACAUUCCUUUAGCCACUGACUUAAUUCGRAUAAGCCAGCACAGAUUCACUGUUUCUGAUAUGAUGAGAAUGGAGAAAAUCAUAUUAGAAAAGCUGUCCUGGAAAGUCAAAGCUACAACAGCCUUCCAGUUCCUGCAACUCUACCAUUCACUCAUUCAAGAGAAUUUAAGCUGUGAAAGGAGAAAACACCUGAAUUUUGAGAGACUUGAGACACAGCUUAAGGUCUGUCACUGCAGGCUCACGUUUUCUAAAGCUAAGCCUUCUGUCUUGGCGCUGUCAAUUUUGGCACUAGAGAUAGAAGAACAGAAACUACAUGAGAUGACAGAGCUGUUGGAAUUCCUGCAGAUACAUUGCAAGAUAAACAGCAAAGAUUUGACCUUCUGGAAGGAACUGGUGUCCAAGUGCCUUACUGAAUAUUCCUCGAGCAAGUGUUCCAAACCAAACAUCCAGAAACUGAAAUGGAUUGUGUCUGGACGUACAGCCCGGCAGCUUAAACACAGCUAUUACAGGAUAGCACACCUCCCUACGAUUCCAGAGGCCAGCUCGUAACAGGACUACAUUAAAAUAAACAGAUCACCAUCCGGUGGCCUAGUUGAGAAACUGCUGAAGAUGCAAGAAAUGAGGUCCACAACACUGACUAAAUGAAGAGCUCAGUUGAUAAAAUGUAACGCUUCAGAUGGAAGAUCCUUCUGAUAAAGGAGAUCUUGUCACAGUAGUAACAACAGUGAAUACUUGGUGUGAGGUUUUAGCCUUUUUUGUUAGGAUGUUGCUAUUUCAACAGCAAAGCAUUACAACACAUGCAYAGAACUUUUAACACUGUGUCUUUUAACACUGUGUAAUCUGUAGGGCAGCUUGUGUAGCCUAACCUUACUUUAUUGUAACAGCAGGUGUUSAAGUAGGUUUUUAAUUUGAAACAAAUGAUUUGGUUUCCUAAGACUGCAGGAGGUUAGGAAAACAUCCCAUGCACUAGGCCAGUAGUUUCUGAAACUAAAAACCAUGGUGCUKGGUAUGAAUUAGAAGAAUAAAUGUGUGGCCAUCAACCUAACAUGCCAGCUGGGGGGUGUCCUGUGGCCAUGUCUUGCUUCUGCACAGGGCACUGCUAUUUAAGGUAGUAUCACUAACAUGGAGGCAGGGUGGUAGUGUUUAUUGUGUGGGGCAAGUCAGUGGCAUGGGAGAGAAUGGAUGGAUGUUAACUGGUGUCCUUGUAAGAGCAAGUAGGUGGCAUGGUCUUAAUAGCUUCACUAUUCUGCAAGAAAUGUAGUUGCUGGAAAUAGCGCGUGAUAUAGAAAUUGAAUGGAACAUAAGAAAGGCUGAGGGGAGUGCAUUGAGUCACGUGGCUCAGAUGUGAAACCUAGUCCACGCCACCGCAAUAGGGAUGCCUUCCCUGUGACACUCCAAAAAUAGGAGUGAUCUUCCUGAGAAACAUGGGAAUUACUUUAACUGGUCUCUGUAACAGCAGGCUUGAUGAAAAUACAAUGCUUGCCUAAAAGUAAGGUCAGUAUUUUAAGAGGAUUAUCUUGCKGCUGGUGCUAACAUGCAAGGGUUGAGUGUUACAGUAGGUAAGAUGGAAAGUUGUACUGACACUGUGAAAGAGGGGCUGCUAAUUACAGCCUGCUACUAAGCGAGGGCCAUAUGACMAGAGUGAGCAGGGAAGCAAAACUGUGAAUGUUGUGAAAGUAGCGUGGGCCUAGAUGUUACCCUACCAAACCCAUCGGWAUAGCUGCUGGGGGAAUCAUUUUCCUUCGCUAUGUCAAAUGGAAACUGGAGUUAAACAUGUCAAAAGAUUUUAUACCACAGGUCUGUGCUGAACAAAUCC